UAAACAAAUCUGUGCAUUUUAGAGUUGGAACAAAAAAUCGUGGACCAAAUCCGGAAGGUCGAGGGUCAAACCCAGAUCGAUUUGGCAUGGAAUGCCCCAUAUACAGGCUGCUGCACUACCAUUGGUAUUAGUGGCAUUAUGUUCACAUUCUGCGUUCUCAGAAGUCACACAAUCAACAAAUUCUUAUUUGUCUACGGCUGAUAGAGUGCGUUUGAAAAGCAUCCUCAAAUCAGGAUUUCAAUUAGACGAUGUACCAUCAGUAUACUACGCUGUCAGUGGAUACAAACUCCUCGGAGAAGCUAUAUCAAAAGCAGAUACUAUCUGCAAAUACUUGAUAAAAUCCAAUGGAGAAAACAUCACACCUGAAACGGCAUUUUAUCUUGCCUCCACAUGGAAAGCUAUUGGAGGCUGCCAAGAGUUUUCUACAAGUACCGUGACAAAGAUAUUGACAAAUGUUAUACAAAAGGACACUUCUACGAUUUCUGAUCUAUAUUAUGCAGUGAGUGGUUUAGCAGCUUUGUCACAAGAGGUACCUUCAACCAGAAUCGACAAGUUGGUGAAAUUAAUUCAAGCAGCUUUAAGGAAAGAUGACAGUUUAUGGAAUUUGGGAUACGUAUUUCACAUUGCUGCAGACAUAGGCACACCAGCUGCAUUUGCUUUUGAUCGCAUCGAAGAUGCUGUGGUACAAGCAGAUGAAGUGGAUGGCCAGUAUCUGCAGUUUGAAGGCGGUCUUUCUAUAACAAGUUUCCUUGUUAAUGGUAUUCUUAAAUUAUCAAUUUCGUUGAAGAAAAAGCCGCCGUUGAAUUUCCAACAGAUUAUCAAAUUGGGUAAUUAUCUUCUCUCGCGGCGUUCCGUGCAAACGACAAAAGGUGUUACAAAUUUGUUGUCUGCUUUAACUGCCUUGGUGGUCGAUAGUCCCGAAAAGCCUGUUUGCAUAACUCUAGCCGAUGGAGGAAUCAUUAUAUCUAAUAACCAACCGUUAGUUACGGUUAAAGUUUGCGAUAUUCUUGGUCAAGCAUUGCCAACUGUACCCACAGUCAUUGCAAAUUCAGCCACACGAGUAGGGGACGAUGUCGUUAUUCUUAGCAACGAGAAUUUGCAGCCAUCUACAACGGACAAAACUCUAUUUACGGUGAACCUUAUGAAUGUGAAACCUGAUCGUGGUUUUUACAAGAUAUUAGUGACCGCGGCUUCCGUCACGAAUACAAUUACAGUGAAGGUCUUAUCUGAAGCAAUAUUGGACUACUUAGAGAUCGGCACUGGCGAUGCCGAUCAGACCACUCAACCAAAACUUACGAGAAUAAACACGGAAUCUUCUUCGGGUAAACUCGAACAUAAAAUAGAAGCUGAUUCUCAACAAAAGCUAGUCAUGCGAUUUUUGUUGCGUGAUUCUGCCAAUAAGAAACUAAUGCGCGUGCAUCAAGCCUUUGUACGCCUUAUAUCCGUUUCCACAUCCACCGAUAAGAAGCGAGGCCAUGAAAUCUUUUUCGUCGCCGAGCCUGAUGCCGCUCACGUUUACAAAUUCGACAUGCCGGUUGGAACAGCAGCUGCAAAUUUUGGUCAUCAGAGUGGAGAAUAUAACAUGGAGUUGAUCGUUGGUGACGCUGUGAUCAGCAAUCCGUUCCGAUUCAACAUUGGCACGGUAACUCUGAAAUUUCCCGAGCCGACUUCAAUGGAAGGUGCCGAUAAGAGCGUCUCUUACAAGCAAAAACCGAAUGUGUAUACAACCAAACCGGAAAUAAAGCACAUGUUCCGCGAGCCUGAACGCAGACCUCCAGCAUUCGUGUCAAACUUAUUCACAGGAUUAUGUGUGGCACCAGUUUUGCUGUUGUUGAUUUUAUGGGCUCGUCUUGGCGUUAAUAUCUCGAACUUUCCCUUGUCCCUCAGCGCGAUUACAUUCCACCUUGGAUUAGGAGGCAUCUUUGUGCUGUUCGGUAUUUUCUGGUUGAGGCUAAAUAUGUUCGUUACUCUGCGAUAUCUUCUUGGUUUUGGUGUUGUUACAUUCCUCGCUGGUAACAAAAUGCUGUCUCAGAUAGCACAAAAGCACAAAUCUACGCUACGUUAAUUUAUACACUCUAUCGUGCAAAAAUUCUGAAUCGAGUUGCAGUUGCAGUUCAAAGUGCAUAAUAAGAACAAGACUCAUCAAUAAGGUUCAAAGUGACUGAUCAACUCGUUAACGUGACAGAAACAUUGUGUCGUACUAUUUUCUUUUGUCACAAAUGUAUAUAAAUCACGAAACAUGUAUUCCGUUUACUUUAUUAUAUGCAUAUCUUUGCUACAACCUGAAUUGUUUAAUAAUUAAUAAUUGACAUAGGAAUAUCUGGACGGAGAACAAGGAACUUUCUUAGACUUCUCGCUGAAGCUUGAUUAGACUCGUAACACAUGCACGAACGCAUACGCACACACAUAUAUGUUUUCACGUCCCGUGGCGUGAUUUUAACCGAGGCAUAUUUUUUAUAUAGUAUUUAGUCAUAUUGUCAUCAACUAUCCAGUUUUAGAUAUUUCACAUUUUCCAUUUGGAGGGGCUCAUAUAAUCUUUGUACGUUAGCUCAUCACUUAAUUACUUCUUAUCUAUCUUUAUAUUUACUUAUAUUAUACAGCUUUGAUUGCACCAUAUUAUUUUGCCUAUUUCACUUAGGAGAGUCCACAUUGCUUUUAGAGGUUUCACACUAAUGUUCUUUAGGCCUCAAUGUAUGGAUAUAUAGAAAUCUUUCUAUUUCACGAUACAGUUUACCUGAUCAUAUCUGUUACCAUAGACGUUCAAUCUCAAUCCGUUCCAUAGACAUUCAAUUUCAAUCUGUUACCAUAGACAUUCAAUUUUAAUCCGUUACCAUGGACGUUCCAAUCUCAAUCCGUUCCAUUAGACAUUCAAUUUUAAUUCGUUGCCAUAGACAUUCAAUUUUUUUUCUUCCUCAAGCUUCAACCCCGCGGAAAUAUGCUCCGUCCAAAUAUUCGUACGUCUACGAUAAUUGAACACAGUUUGUUUUAUAUUAGCGCUAAUGGCUGCGUUUAGUGGAAAAAGUUUCUCAGUGAGUGCUUAAUGAUUCUUUAUUAGGAUUGUUUUCUACAGAAGAAUCAAUCAUAUUAAAGAAUCACUGAGCGUUUUUUAAUUAAGCUUCUUUUUCCGCUGAACGCAGCCAAUUUGAUUACAGAUGUCGAUAAACUGGAAUUAUAAUCCCGCAUUGUAAAUCUAGGCUUGAGCUAUAAAAAUUGAUGUUAACAUUAGUUAAGCUAUCUUUAUUUGUAUAAUGUUAUAGUUUAUACAAACAGUCAAUAAAACAUCGCGUAUAAUGUCGACAAAAACGAAUAAAACAAAAACCGAGUCUGGCAUUUAUAGUUAGACCAAGUAAUGAUGUUACACUUACAGUUAUGUAAAAUUUCUAAUAUAAUGAAAACUAUAAUAAUUGUGA